AACGGAAACAGCUCGCAAGGGGCUUAGACUAAUUUACGCACUUCGUUAUUCUUGUCAUUGUCGUCUGCAUGGUGGCACUCUUGUGGAGUUAUUCAUUCAUCAAAAUGUUAUUUCCACAACUCUGAGGAACUCCAACUUCGACCAAAAUGGAUUUACUUAAAGCCGAGAUUGCCAAGAAGAGGAAACAACUGGAAGCGAGCAAGGUCGUUGCUCCUGAGUCAGGCAAGAAAUUUUUCAAACGGGAAGACUUGAUCAAACGACAGGAGGAAGAAUAUUGGAAAAAACACCGAAAGGAUGACAGUACUCAUUCAAAGGAGACAAAAGAAGAAAGUAAACGGAGAGAAUCCACAGAGACAAUGGAUCCCAAUCUGGUGACUUUGUCAAGACAGGAGGUCAUCAAACGGCUGAGGGAGAGGCAGGAACCGAUCAGAUUGUUUGGCGAGACAGACGCCGAGGCAUUCUUCCGGCUACGUCGUUAUGAAAUGUUGGCACCUGAAAUCAACAAGGGUUUGAGGAAUGACUUCAAGGAGGCGAUGGACAAAGUGGACCAGCAGUACCUGGAGGAAAUGGUAAAGCUGCAGGGGGAGGACGUCCCCAACAGGGCCUACGACAUCAAGUACGAGGAUGACGGCUCCACCAUCGAUGACAUCAUCGAGAUGUCGGCCGGGAUGGGGCAAGGAGAUGAACAGCUGGACGGCAGAGUUAUCACGUGGUUCAUCAAGUUCUUGCUGAAGAUGUGGGCCCAAGAGCUGAACCGGCGAGAAGAACACGUGAAGCGCAGUAACAGGGGCAAAUUGGAGAGCGCCACCUACAGUCAGACAAAAGCCUACCUCCAGCCGCUCCUUAGAAAGCUCAAGAAACAGUCUUUAGCUCCUGACCUGCUGGAGAGCUUGGUGAACAUUAUCAGAUACAUGCUGGACAGAGACUAUGUCAAGGCCAGUGACACGUACCUUCAGAUGGCUAUUGGUAAUGCCCCUUGGCCCAUCGGAGUGACCAUGGUGGGAAUCCAUGCCCGUACAGGCAGAGAGAAGAUCUUCUCCAAGAACGUGGCUCAUGUGCUUAAUGAUGAAACGCAAAGAAAGUUUAUUCAGGCACUGAAGAGAUUGAUGACCCAGUGCCAGAGGCAUUUUCCGACAGACCCAUCCAAAAGCGUGGAGUACGUCAAGAGCGAUAUCAUUGAACACUGACAAUGUCUCCUUCAGUGAAGGGACGAUGUUUCAAGUAAAGCAAUGCUGUCGUCAUCUUGGCAUUUGGAAUUAGGCAGUAAAGUUCUUCUGUUGAGAGGGUUCUAUGAAACUGUGCACGUACAUUUGAAGGAUGCAAGAGGUGAACAUCUGUACUACAGUGAUAUGUGGUUCUUCUGCAGUCCAAUCUUUUGCAUGUCACCUCAACAUUAAAUCUUCAUUUAAAAAUCGACCCACUGCAUGCACAAAUAUGCAGUCCCCAGCAGUGGAAAGUCUUUUCUUAUGGAAACUACAGGUUUUUGACCUGGUGCAUGUGUAGGGAACACUCAGUGCAGGCUGUCUACAGGCAUGGAACUUUUGCUCGGAUCAGCUCAUUUCUUUGGUUUUUUCAUUUUGCACUCAUGCCAUUGAAAAUUGAAGAAACACUCUACAAAGUCUUGCAAAAAUUUGAAUUUCUUGUUUUUGUUAAAGUCCUAGUUACAUGUCCGAGUCUAAUUCAUUGGGUCUGAUCUGCUCCUAUUGCCAUUAUUUUGAAGUGUGCACUGAAUGUGCAUUGAGACAUUACUCACUUUGAGUGAAUUACAGUAAAUUCCCCACUCUAUAAGUUUCCAGGGUUGAAGUAUUGUAAUCCAGUACAUAGAACGUUCCACAGGUUGGUGGGAAUUGUUUCGACAAGGUGCUGGGCUCACAUACUAAGCUCUUACAUUUCAACAGAAAUCGGUCGUGCGUGCUCAGCGUGUCCUGUACCAAAAUCCAAAUUAACCUGUAUGCGAGGGAAUUUCCCAUCAAAAGACUGUCUUUGCCAAGUAAAAGUAUGGUUCUACACAGCAGAUUGUCCAAAUAUUAUUUCUAGUAGAAGUAGGAACUUGCUCGAUUCAAGCAUAGUAUUGCAUUUUCAUUUACCUUCCCUCUGAGGUAGACAAUUGGUACAGGGUCUUAAAAAUUUCUCAUGGCGAAACAAACUUCACGGUUUUUCCCAAGUUUAGGGUAUUUCAUCCUCUGGAAAAAAUGCUAGGGACGUAGGCCCAAAGCUUGUAUUUUGAAUCACAUUUUCCAGCUGUCUUUUUCCUAAAUCUGCAUAUAUGUAUGUAAAAUAUUAUUUAGAUCUUCACACUGAAUUUGUUGUACAUGUAGAUGUUUUCCGUCAACUGUUUUCGAAUCUCAGAAAUUUCUUUCCGUAAAUAAUGCAGAUUCACAGACAAAGACUUCUUUCAAAUAUUACUUUGCUUUGUAUUUUACAAAGACAAUAGUGUAUGGUAUUUUUAACCCCUCCCCC